CUCCUAUAAACAAAGCUUUAUCACGUGUGGCCUUAAACUUUCUGCAGUUUGCAAAGAAAUGGCUCAAAGUCUCCAGCGCUCUCCGCACCCUAGGAGCUGAGGCGCAGGGCAGUGCCCUUGCCAGGGUGCCCAAUUCCCUCCAGACUGCCAGAAAAAAAGAGGCCAACUGGAAAGGCGAAAGAGAAAGAUUGCCCCGAGUGAGACCAGACCCUUGGUCUUUUCUUUUCUCUAAUCUGUUCUGUCUGUGCCCACCAGCUCUCUUGACUUGCCAGAACUACUCAGAACUGCUGUGGAGUGUUGCCUCAGUUUCUUCUUUCAGGCUGCGCCCUGUGAUUCAGCCUUUUGCUGAACUUUCUGAGAACUGGCCAGCUUUGAUCUCUACCUCCAGGUACUGGGUAGACUUGUUGAAAUGAAACCUACUCAACAUUGCAGGAGCCUGUGUUUCUCAAGUAGAGUUUGAUUGUUCUUGCACCGCAUUGUUUUGGACAUCCAAUCUCAGUAAUUUAGUAGGCUGGGAUAAGGAACGUUUUCAUAAUGGACACCUCAUCCAAGAAAAACGCCCAUUUGUUCCACAAAAAUCCAGCGCGUCCUGUCAGAAGUCAGUCCUUUAAAGUGGGGUAUCCGUCCCCAGAGGAAGCACGACCGUGCUGUGGCGAACUCAAGGUGUUCUUGGGUGCCCUGUCUUUUGUUUACUUUGCCAAAGCAUUGGCAGAAGGCUAUCUGAAGAGCACCAUCACUCAGAUAGAGAGAAGGUUUGAUAUCUCUUCCUCUCUGGUGGGAAUAAUUGAUGGUAGUUUUGAAAUCGGGAAUCUCCUGGUCAUCACAUUUGUUAGUUACUUUGGUGCCAAACUUCACAGACCAAAAAUAAUAGGAGCAGGAUGCCUAGUCAUGGGCAUGGGAACAAUGCUCAUUGCAGCGCCCCAGUUCUUCAUGGAGAAGUACAGCUAUGAGAAAUAUGAGAAGUAUUCUCCCUCCUCCAACCUGACUCCUAACAUCUCUCCAUGCCACCUAGAGUCCAGCAACCUGUCACCAAGCUCAGUCAUGGGGAAAUCACAAAACAAAAUAAAUGAUGAAUGUGAAGGGGAUGCCAGCUCCUCCAUGUGGAUUUAUGUCUUCCUGGGAAAUCUCCUGCGAGGAUUAGGGGAGACUCCCAUCCAACCCCUCGGCAUCGCCUAUCUGGAUGACUUUGCCAGUGAGGAUAAUGCUGCGUUCUACAUUGGGUGUGUGCAAACCGUUGCAAUUAUAGGGCCCAUUUUUGGCUUCCUCUUGGGUUCAUUAUGCGCCAAACUGUAUGUUGAUAUUGGCUUUGUGAAUCUAGACCACAUAACCAUCACCCCGAAGGAUCCUCAGUGGGUUGGGGCCUGGUGGCUUGGUUACCUAAUAGCAGGGCUCCUAAGUCUCCUCGCUGCCGUGCCUUUCUGGUGCUUACCCAAGACUCUACCAAGAUCCCAAAGUAGAGAGGACUCUGGGUCCUCAUCUGAGAAGUCCAAGUUCAUCAUAAAUGACCCUAUUAACUACCAAAUGGCCCCUGGAGAAGAAAUGAAAUUCAUGGAAAUGGCAAGAAAUUUUCUUCCAUCUUUGAAGACUCUUCUUAGAAAUCCAGUAUACAUCUUAUACCUGUGUGCAAGCACUGUUCAGUUCAAUUCUCUAUUUGGCAUGGUGACAUACAAACCAAAGUACAUUGAGCAGCAGUAUGGGCAGUCAUCCUCCAAAGCCAACUUUGUCAUUGGGCUCAUCAACAUUCCUGCAGUGGCCCUUGGAAUAUUCUCUGGGGGAAUAGUUAUGAAAAAAUUCAGGCUGGGUGUAUUUGAAGCUACAAAACUCUACUUGGGAUCAUCUGUCUUUGGCUACCUCCUCUUCCUCUCUCUGUUUGCCUUGGGAUGUGAAAAUCCUGGUGUGGCUGGACUGACUGUGUCCUACCAAGGAACCAAACCUGUCUCUUAUCAUGAACGAGCUCUCUUUUCAGAUUGCAACUCAAGAUGUAAAUGUUCAGAGUCAAAAUGGGAGCCCAUGUGUGGGGACAAUGGGAUCACAUAUGUGUCAGCUUGUCUUGCUGGUUGUCAAUCCUCCAGUCAGAGUGGAAAGAGCAUUAUAUUUUCUAACUGCACUUGUGUAGGACUUGCAGCCCCUAAGUCAGGAAACUGGUCAGGCAUGAUGGGCAGGUGUCAGAAAGAUAACGGAUGUCCCCAAAUGUUUCUGUAUUUCCUUGUGAUUUCAGUCAUCACGUCAUAUACGUUAUCUCUAGGUGGCAUACCUGGGUAUAUAUUACUCCUGAGGUGCAUUCAACCACAACUUAAAUCUUUUGCUCUGGGUAUCUACACUUUAGCAAUAAGAGUUCUUGGCAAGUCUGUCAUCUUUAUGGCUACUCUUCAUUUGCAUUUACCUGGUUGUUUUUGUAAACAGUCAAUAAAAUAUUUCAGGUGAGAACUAUAUAGGUGACACUGUGUGUCAUUUUGCCCAUUCUGUCCUGAAAGCUGACUUUAGGGUAGACUAUCACUGGAUAAUGGCCUCUUGGUGAAAGUGAGGGCCAUAACCGUCUCCACAAUACAGAUCAUUUGUCAAUAAUAAGUGAUCUGUGAGAUGACGUCAUUAUUUCAUUUCUGCCAUAUGUUUUGCCUGAAGCUGAAAUGACUAUAAUUGAAUCGAAAUUAAAUCAAUUAUGUCAUGACUAUUUAUAAAACUUCAAUGGAAUUUUAAGCAGACAACAUUUUAAAAGUAGUUCCUGUUUGUUAUCAAAGGCCUGUUUGUCAUGAUGGUGCCAUGAAUACAUUAGGAUGACUUUAGUAAGAGUACACUCUUUUGUGUAACUGUAUGCUGUGAUUUGAAUAUGAAAUGUGCCCCGGGGGUUUCAUUUGUUUGAGUGUCAGAAACCAAGCUGAUGUCACCAUUUGGAAGGUUGGGGUACCUUUAGGAGGGGAGACCUAGCUGGAGGAGGGUAUCUCUGAUGGAGGGGGGGCUUGAGGUCGAUAACUUGUCAAUUUCUAGCCAGAGUUUUCUAUGCUUCUUGGCAUAGCCGUUUACCAAGAAUGCCCUUGCUACAUGGACCAAGCCCUUGGCAUGCUUUCCCCACCAUGGUUCAUUCAAAUACCUUGAACUAUUCCUUUGUUAGGUGUAAAAAUGUUGGCGACUCAUAAACAACAGCAACAAUGGUGCAAAACAGAUGUUAAUAGACCAUCUGAUUGCAAUACAUAAAACAGAAAUGAAGCUGUGAACUCAUUUCAAUCCUUCCAGAAAACUUUUGUUGGAAUUUGUUGGUAAGAAUUAUCUUUUCUCCCUAGAAAGGAUUGUGCCCUCAAUAAUCAGUUACUGAGCAACGAUGAGCACUACAGCCCAAGUAAGAAAGGAACUUCCUGUGCCUGCAUAGUUUGUGUUCUGGCAGAGAACACAAUUAAAUAAGCUGUUCCAAGAGCGUUAAGGGUUUGUGAAAGGGAACAAGUACUGUAGGCUGGUGAGCAGAAUUAAUACACUUUAGGUCAUAGGAACGGCCCUUUCUGAAGGGAAUCACUUAAACUGAGACUCAAAGGGUAUGUGUGCAUUAAGAAGAGGGGGGCAGGGAGGCAGGAUGGUGGUGCAAGUUUUUAAUCCCAGCACUUGGGAGGCAGAGGCAGGAGGAUCUAUGUGAGUUGGAGACCAGCCCAAUCUACAGAGCGAGUUCUAGGACAGGCUCCAAAACUACACAGAGAAACCCUGCUCAAAAAAACCAAAAAAAAAAAAAAAAAAAAAGCGGGGGUGGGGGGAGAUAAGAAAAGUCAAAUUGUUUCAGAGAAAGAAAGUUACUGAAGGCAGUAGGCAAGAGGACAGAGUAUUUUAAGCAUCAAAA